AUGUCCGGUGGCAAAGAGGCAGGUGGGGUCCACCCCUACCAGCCACAACAGAGCCAGCAACAUGCUCAGUAUGUGGGGCCCUACCGGCUGGAGAAGACACUGGGGAAAGGGCAGACUGGUCUGGUGAAGCUGGGCAUACACUGCAUCACAGGGCAGAAAGUGGCGAUUAAGAUUGUGAACCGGGAAAAGCUUUCGGAGUCAGUACUGAUGAAGGUGGAGCGGGAAAUUGCCAUUCUGAAGCUGAUUGAACACCCCCAUGUGCUGAAACUCCAUGAUGUCUACGAGAACAAAAAAUAUUUAUACCUUGUCUUGGAACAUGUCUCAGGAGGGGAACUCUUUGACUACUUGGUGAAGAAGGGACGCCUCACACCCAAGGAAGCCAGGAAGUUUUUCCGACAAAUUGUCUCAGCUUUGGAUUUCUGCCAUAGCUAUUCUAUAUGCCACCGAGACUUGAAGCCGGAGAACCUGUUGCUGGAUGAGAAGAACAAUAUCCGGAUUGCAGAUUUCGGCAUGGCCUCCCUGCAGGUCGGAGAUAGCCUGCUGGAAACAAGUUGUGGUUCUCCUCACUAUGCAUGUCCUGAGGUGAUCAAGGGGGAGAAGUACGAUGGACGUCGCGCUGACAUGUGGAGUUGUGGAGUCAUCCUUUUUGCCCUGCUGGUGGGAGCGCUACCCUUUGACGACGACAACCUACGCCAGCUGCUUGAGAAGGUGAAGCGGGGGAUCUUCCAUAUGCCCCACUUCAUCCCGCCCGACUGCCAGAACCUCCUGCGGGGCAUGAUUGAGGUGGAGCCCGAGAAAAGACUCAGUCUGGAACAGAUCCAGAAACACCCAUGGUUCUUGGGAGGUAAGAAUGAACCAGAGCCAGAGCAGCCGAUUCCUAGGAAGGUGGCCAUCCGACGGAUUCAGUCAGUCAGCGAGCUGGAUCCCGACGUGCUGGAGAGCAUGCACUCCCUUGGCUGUUUCCGCGACAAGAAUAAGUUGAAGCAGGAGCUGCAGACCGAGGGGGAGAACCAGGAGAAAAUGAUCUACUAUCUGCUCCUUGACCGCAAAGAGAGAUACCCCAGCUGCGAGGAUGAGGAUCUGCCUCCGCGCAACGAUGUUGACCCUCCUCGGAAGCGAGUCGACUCACCCAUGCUGAACCGACACGGGAAGCGCCGACCUGAGCGGAAGUCCAUGGAAGUUCUGAGUGUCACCGAUGGCGGUUCUCCCGUUCCGGCCCGACGGGCCAUAGAGAUGGCACAACAUAGCCAGCGGUCUCGAUCUGUAAGUGGUGCCUCCACUGGCUUAUCCUCCAGUCCCCUCAGUAGCCCCAGGGUCACCCCCCACCCCUCCCCUCGGGGAAGCCCCCUCCCCACUCCGCUCGGCACCCCUGUGCACACGCCCAAAGAGAGCCCCAGCGGCACCCCCGGAGGGACGCCGCCCAGCAGCCCAGGCGUGGCGGGCGUGGCCUGGAAGACCCGCCUGAACUCCAUCAAGAACAGCUUCCUGGGCUCCCCACGCUUUCACCGCCGGAAACUACAAGUUCCAACACCAGAAGAAAUGUCCAGUCUUACUCCAGAAUCAUCCCCUGAACUAGCCAAGAAAUCCUGGUUUGGGAAUUUUAUCAACCUAGACAAAGAGGAACAAAUUUUCGUGGUCAUCAAAGACAAACCCCUGAGCUCCAUCAAGGCGGAUAUCGUACAUGCCUUCCUCUCGAUCCCCAGCCUGAGUCACAGCGUUGUAUCCCAAACAAGCUUCCGGGCCGAAUAUAAGUCGUCGGGUGGCCCCUCUGUCUUCCAGAAACCCGCCAAGUUCCAAGUCGACAUCAGCUACUCCGAGGGUGGGGAGGCGCACAAGGACAGCGGGAUCUACUCGGUCACCUUCACCCUCAUCUCAGGUCCUAGCCGCCGGUUUAAGCGAGUUGUGGAAACAAUCCAGGCGCAACUGCUCAGCACACACGACCAGCCUUCUGUGCAAGCCCUCGCUGAUGAGAAGAACGGGCAGCAGUCCCGUUUGCCAGGCACUCCAACCCGCAGCUGCCAACCGUCUCGGCGCUCCGAAUCCGACGUCUCGUCCGAACACCAUCGACGCGGCUCCAAGGACAAGAAGCUCGUCUCGUCCAACGGGACUCAAGUCCAGCAACCACCACCCCCGUCUCCACAGCAGCCGUGACGUCUGGGGCAGGGGGGCAGCCUGAGGGCGGCUAGGGGGAAGAGCAGCCGAAGGAAGCCCACUCCGCGCCCCUGGAAAUAGCUGGCAGCCGCUCCAGAUGGACAGGAGGAGCCAACAAACCUGGACGGAUGGGUAAAAGGCCCCGCACCAGAGACGCAGGCAGGGGCGGGGCAGGGCAGAGCGGGGUGGGGGUUUGGUCCAAGUUUUAACAACCCCGUCUCACCCCACCCCCUGGGGUGGAAAGUCACCAUCUUGGGAGCGGCCCAUACUGUGAACUUGUAUAUAGUUAACAACAACAACAACAACAGAAAACAAAUCUACAAAAGAACCGAAGGGGAAGAAAAGAACAAAUUAUGGAGACAAAGAGAAAGGAUGGUGGACUGGAAAAAAAGAAAAGAAAACAAACAGAGGGGGGGAAGGAAGAGGAGGAGAAAACCGGGCAGGAGCCGGUAGGGUUUGGGGUGGGGGUUUAAUCCUAUCCUUUUGGUUGGGGGUGGGAGUGGGAGGGAAAGUGGGUGUCUUUAUUUACUUGAGCCCUUUUCACAGACUCCCUCCUGAUUUCUGUUUUGGUUCUUUCCACAAGACAUUCUCUUUCUCCUGCUUUUCCUUCUGUGGCCUCAAAAGUAGUACCUACCCCCCCCCCCCUUAUUCACAGGUUCAUGGCGACAGUGGCUAAAAUCAGGAGACAGAACUAGGAGCAGAAUUUGGGUUGUUGGUUUGUUUGUUUUUUAACAAUCAAGCGGAAUAUAAAUUUUAUGAAAUGGAUAAAUAAAAUUGGUUGUUGCAGGAGAGAAAGUCAAAAAUGUUUCCCUUCUGUUCCAACUUCUCUUUUAGUUUUCCUGCCCUCAGAAACUUAAUUAGGCUAAAGAAAGGAAAGCAUUAUCGCCAGUUGGCGUAAAGCUUAAAUAUUCAUUGGAACAAUGUUCAAAAGCCAAAGUUUGAAAAACCCCUCCC